AUGGCCGUCAUCGCAUCCGAACUUCCCCCCACCCAAGCCCCCCAAGUGAGAAACCAACCCCCCCAACCGCCAACCCACUACCCGCCCCAGCCCCUCCCCCUUCCCCCCCACCUCGACCCCGCCAUCCGCGCUACCCGCCUCGACGUCAUCAACGCCGGCAGCAGCUGCCUCAUCCACCUCCCGAGCAACCACGUCCGCAAAAACGUCUACCCCGAGCGCCUUGACGAGAGCUUUAUUGACUCCCUCGAGCUAGAGUCACGGAUCUACCAGCGCCUUCCCAAGAAGCACCCCCGCCUCCUCGAGAUGAUCAGUUACUCGCGCGACGAGGGGCUGAUCCUCGAGUACAUGCCCGAGGGCGACCUGGGCUCUUACAUCCGCGGCGAGGAGCCAAGAACGCGCUCAUGCCUCUUGUUUGCGUUGGGGUCGACGAUUUAUGAGAUUAUGACGGGGAAAGAGCCGUAUUUGGAGCUGAAGGAUGAUGAGGUGACGGCUUUGUUUGAGGAGAAGAAAUUCCCAUCUGUAGUCCAGUUGCCGUGUGGGGAUGUGAUGAUGAAAUGCUGGCUCAGCGAGGUGCAUUCGGCGGAGGAGGUGCGAGCAUUAAUUGAGGCGAAGUUGCAAGAUUGCAAGGCAGAGGUUAGUAAUGUGUAA